GGCUGUUCAGGUUUCUGCUAUGAGAAUACCUCUGGCGUCACGACGUCUGCCGUAUGGGUUGACGUGAUCGACGCACGUGUGAUUUUUUUUGUACAUAUUCUUUGAGAUUUGUAUGUGGACGUGUGCGGUUUGAGAGGAUAGGAUGGCGUCUGAUGUGUGUGAGAAAGUGCUGCAGUAUUUAGACAAAACACCUUCCGUAAGCACGGUAGAUUUAGCGAAUUAUAUCAAAGAGGACCAUCAGACAGUUGUCGGUGCUGUGAAAAGUCUUCAGUCGUUGGGUGAUCUCAUAACUGCAGAGCCCCAAUCCUGGAAGGUAUGGGAACUCACGGACGAAGGGAGACUCGUAGCAGACAAAGGAAGUUACGAGUUUCACGUCUUCAGUGCGAUACCACCUGACAGCGGCAUCCCACAGGAAGAGCUCAUGAGGACGGUGGACAACUUCAAGGUGGGCUUCAGCAAGGCCAUGUCGUCUGGCUGGGUGCGAGUGGACAAGACAGGCGGCCGCCCCGUCGUGCUGCGCAAGGUGGACGCUGCCGAGGACUCCGUGGGCCAGGACCUGCGGCACAUCCGCGACGGCCUGGGGGGCCAGGUCGCCGAGAACUUCAAGCAGGAGUACAAGAGGAGGAGGCUGCUGCAGCAGACGGUGAAGAAGAGCUACCUGCUGGGCAGGGGCGCCAACUUCAGCACGAGCGUGACCAAGCCGGAGACGGAGCUGACGCCGGAGAUGAUAGCGACGGGCUCGUGGCGCCAGAAGGUGUUCAAGCCGUACAACCUGGACGCCAUGGGCGUGGCCCCGGAGGGGGGCCACCUCCACCCGCUGCUGAAGGUGCGGGCCCAGUUCCGCCAGAUCUUCCUCGAGAUGGGUUUCUCUGAAAUGCCAACCAACAACUUCGUGGAGAACUCGUUCUGGAACUUCGACGCCUUGUUCCAGCCGCAGCAGCACCCGGCCCGAGACGCCCACGACACUUUCUUCCUGUGCGACCCGGCGCGGAGCACCAGGCUGCCGGAGGACUACGUGGAGCGCGUGCGGCGUGUGCACAGCACGGGGGGCCACGGCUCGCGCGGCUACGGCUACGACUGGAAGCUGGCCGAGGCGCAGAAGAACCUGCUGCGCACGCACACGACCGCCGUCAGCGCGCGGAUGCUCUACCGGCUCGCGCAGCAGCCGCAGUUCCGCCCGGUGAAGUACUUCAGCAUCGACAGAGUGUUCCGUAACGAGACGCUGGACGCCACGCACUUGGCAGAGUUCCACCAAGUGGAAGGCUUGGUCGUCGACUACAAGCUCACGCUUGGGGACUUGAUAGGUCUGCUGUACGAGUUCUUCGGCAAGCUGGGCAUCGAGCGGCUGAACUUCAAGCCGGCCUACAACCCGUACACGGAGCCCUCCAUGGAGAUAUUCAGCUACCACGAUGGGCUGGGCAGGUGGAUGGAGGUGGGCAACUCGGGCAUGUUCCGGCCCGAGAUGCUGCUCCCCAUGGGGCUGCCCGAGGGGGUGACGGCCAUCGCCUGGGGCCUGUCCCUCGAGAGGCCCACCAUGAUCAAGUACAAGCUGAACAACAUCCGAGACCUGGUGGGCCCCAAGGUGGACCUGCAGAUGGUGCAUGACAGCCCCAUUUGCCGACUUGACAAGCACGGCGGCGAGGCGGGCGCGCUCCGGGAGCUGGAGCGGCGCUGGGACCACAUCCACGCGUCCCUGGAGGAACUGGCCGCGCGCGUGGCGGCCCUGCGCGUCUCCCCGGGCCCCGAGGACCUGCACCUUGCCAUCACCGCCAACCCCUCCCACCCCCCCUUCUCCCUGCGCGUGCUGCUGCGCCUGCUGUCCCUCGCCGGACCCGUGGCGUGCACGGAGCACCGCCACUCGUCCCUGCGUGCCGCGGCGCCGGCGCCGGCGGGGUUCCCCGGCGUGGAGCCGCGCGACGGGCCGGGCCGCCUCCACGUGGCGUUCAUCUGGAAGGACGAGGGCGUGGACCCCACGCUGGUGGUUGCUCCGGUCGGCCACACCAACGUCGUGGGCGAGGUGAACGUGGCACGGCACCUGGCGCGGCUGCUGGAGCGGCGGCCGGGCCCGGCGGCCGCGCCGUACGAGGGCCGCGGCGCCGCGUGGGCCGCGCAGGCGGACGCCUGGCUGGACCGCGCCUACGACGUCACGCACGGGGGGCCGCGGGAGCGCGCGGAGGUGGUCGCGCUGGCGCGGUCGACGCUCUCCACGCGGGAGUGGCUGCUGGGGCCGGCCGUGUCGCUGGCGGACGUCUGCCUGUGGUCCGCGCUGCGGCAGGAUGACGUGGCGGGCACGCUGCCGCGCGAGCUGCGCCGCUGGCUGGACAAGUGCAGCCGCCACCCCGUGUUCUCUCACUCCGCCUCGUGACUGUGCACUGGACUGCUACUGAUGUGAAUGAUGCGAAAAUAGGCAAACAAGACAAUUUUUUUUUUUUAGCUCUCAACAUUUACAGUAAAACCUUUUAGCUUAUUAUUCGUGAAAACUACUUCAAAUUAUUUCAUUACAUUAAAAUAAAACAUAUGAGUCAAAUGAAAUAUUAUUUGAAACUAUCCAGCAGGAUAUCAUUUUACAUAUGAAUUUCUUAAAAAUGGUUUGACUACUUUACAUGGUGAGUACCCUCUAUGGGUGGACGCAGCACCCCCGAAACUGACUAGCUUUCGAGACAGGAUCUGAAAGCGCUCGUACUCCCCGGGUGUGAUGCUAGGUAGACCUUCAAGGUGGGGGUCUCACACACCAUGUGGUUUUUUAUUUUAUUUUAUAAUCAUUACUACUAGUUAGGGGCUAGUUCUGUUAGUUUAACACUACCUAGUUUGAAUUUUUUUUCUGUUACAAAUAUUUUUCACCGACGUUACCGUAGGUUGUGUAAAGGUGCGGAAAUCAUAAAAAUUAUGAAUGUGCACAUUUUUUUUACACCUGUUAUACAUUAAAUAUAUUUGUAUAUUAUAUAUAUUUAUAUAUAUAUAUAUAUAUAAUAUCUAAAUUAUAUUAAACAAUAUCAGUUGAAAAUAUAUGUAUUAGAAAAACAAAUGUAAACUGGGUACAGUGUUAAAUUUAUAAAAAUAGCCCUUACUUAAUUAAAAAUUCAUCAUGGCAUGUGAUACCCACCUUAAGAAGUGGUGAAAUCCAGGAGGAGGAGGAUGGU